CUCGUGUCCCAGCCCUUCUGCCCCCAGCACCGCAGCCGGGAGCCCCGAGAAGCCGUGGGCCCCCUGGCUUAGACCCUGGGCCCUAGGCGCCCGGAGUCCACGAGGGCCCGUGCCUGGGUCUCCAACCUGCGCCCUCGGCCCGCCCCACCUGUCCCCUCCGGCCGCCCUGACCUGUCCCCUCCGCCAGGCCUCAUGCUGGAGCGCUGCCCGUGCGCCGGGGUGCGGGAGAGCGCGGGCGAGCGCCCGGCCCGGGCGGCGAGAUGGAGGUGCAGGGCCUGGACUGGCUGCUGGGGCCACUGCGCCGGCUGCUGUCCUGGGCGGCGGCGGGCGCCAUGGUCUUCGGAGGGGUGGUGCCCUACAUCCCGCAGUACCGGGACAUCCGCAGGACGCAGAAUGCCGAGGGCUUCUCCACCUAUGUGUGCCUCAUGCUGCUGGUGGCCAACAUCCUGCGCAUCCUCUUCUGGUUCGGCCGGCACUUCGAGGCCCCGCUGCUGUGUCAGAGUGUGGUCAUGAUCCUCACCAUGCUGCUCAUGCUGAAGCUCUGCACUGAAGUCCGCGUGGCCAGCGAGCUCAGCGCCCGGCGUCGCUUCUUCUCAGACUUCGACCCUCACCACUUCUGGCACUGGAGCAGUUUUGGGGACUACAUGCAGUGCAUCUUGGCCUUCACAGGUGUGGCAGGCUAUGUCACCUACCUGUCCAUUGACUCAGUCCUGUUUGUGGAGACGCUGGGCUUCCUGGCCGUGCUGACAGAGGCCAUGCUGGGUGUGCCGCAGCUCUACCGUAACCACUGCCACCGGUCCACGGAGGGCAUGAGCAUCAAGAUGGUUGCCAUGUGGACAAGCGGUGACACUUUCAAGACGGCCUACUUCCUGCUGAAGGGUGCACCCCUGCAGUUCUCUGUGUGCGGCCUGCUGCAGGUGCUGGUGGACCUGGCCAUCCUUGUACAGGUCUAUGCCUUUGCCCGCCACCCCCCGAAGCCAGCCCUGCACGCUGUGCACCCUACCAGUGCCAAGGCCCUCUAGGCUGCAGGGCCCGGCUUGGACACCGCCUUUUGGUGCGGGGCUGCUGAUCUCCACAAGCCUGGGUGUCCAGGAAGCAGCGGGGACCUGACCAGGCCUGUGCUCACCCUCUAGACCAAGGUGAAGGGUUUGCACCCAAGGGCUGCCAUGCUCUUGAUUCCAAGGUGCCCGACGAGCCCCCUUUAGUUUCUUAGACACUGGCCGGAACUGAGGGGCAGAGGGCUCAGGAGAUACAAUUGCCUCAUCUCAGUGCGAGGACAUGGUGCUGGGAGAUGGGGAAGGAAGGCAGGCCAGGAAACCUCUGGCACAAGGUCCCAGAUUCCCUCAGAGGAGACACUGGGGUCAGCUGUGACCAUGGUGAGGGGGCAGUGAGUACAAUGUCACAGGGCACAGACUGUCCUGGAUUCACAGCCAGUCCUGCCUUACCCCUGCUGCUGUCCCAGGGAGGGGGAGUAACAGGCCUAGGUUUUGGGGUGCUGGCACCCUGCUGGGGUGACUCUGGCAGUGAAGGGCCCAGGCUGAGAAGGGCCCAGUCAGAGAGGGCUUUCUGGAUGAUGUCCCUCCCAAGUGACCCCUCCUCCAGGAGGGCAGUGCUGAGGCCAGAGCCAUCUGGGUGGUGGGUGCGGGGUCCCACCACUGUCAUGAAGGGCUGUCUGAUCGCCACUGUGUGGCUCCCUCUGCGAACACAGGCUCCUGAGACGCCCGCAGGCUGGCGUCAUGCCCCGUGGGUUGGGGUGCCAGGGAGAACCCGGAGCCUUUUCUUAUUUCCAUGUUUCCUCUGUCUCCUGGAUGACUGAGCUGGGUGCUUAGGCUGGGAGCGGCUCUGGGCUGUCUUGUGGAGUGAAAGGCGCCAUUUGGCAUUGAUGCUCGGCUAGACCAAACCCACAGAGCUGCACCGGUGCCCUGGGAUGGCAAUACACCGGCUUCUGGUCAAUAAACUGCUUCAAGAUCUA